AUGCUCUUGGCUGGGCUGUUGGUCUUCCUCUUGCUGGCUGUAGCCCUCCUGAGUCGGCGCCAUGGGGGGCUGGGCUGGAGAAGGGAACCGUGGGAGCUCCCAGGCCCCCCGGUCUUGCCCCUGGUUGGCAACCUGCACCACCUGUUCCACGCUGACCUGCCCGUCCACUUCCUCCAGUUGGCCCAGCGCUAUGGGCCCAUCUACCGCCUCCGAUGCGGGAAGAAAGUCGUGGUGGUGCUGAACAGCUCCGAAUUAAUUCGGGAGGCUUUGAUGCGGAAAUGGUCUGACUUCGCUGGACGCCCUCAAAGCUUUCUGGCGCACUUGAUUUCAAAGGGGGGCAAAGACCUCUCCCUGGGCAACUACACGCCGACGUGGCGCUUGCAACGCAAACUCGCCCACAUUGCCUUCCAGCGUCGCCUGCGGGGAGACAUGGAGCAGAUCGUGCAGGACCAGGCUCGACACCUCUCCAAGGUUUUCCGUAGUUACAAUGGACAACCUGUGGAUGUGGCAGACGAUUUUUCCCUGCAUGCCUGUUCGGUCGUCUCUACCCUGAUAUUUGGGGCUGUGGACAUUUCCACCGUAGAAGGAAUGCAUCACUGCAUGAUCAAGCUGGUUGAAAAGUGGAGCGCUGCUUCCAUCCAAAUUCUUGAUUUCCUUCCCAUCUUCAAGGUCUUCCCCAACCCUACUUUGCGGCACCUGCUGUCUUGUGUCAAAAGCCGGGAUGCCUUGAUCCAAGGCCAGAUGAAGAAACACCAGGAGUCACAUAGCCCUUCAGAGGUCCAGGACAUGUUGGAUGACAUGCUGCAGUUUCUGCGUGACCAUGGCACUGGAAAAUGGGGGGAGACUGGCCUCCUGCUGGAUCAUGUCCACAUGGCCAUUGUUGACCUGCUCAUUGGAGGCACUGAGACCACAGCAACCUUGCUCACCUGGGCUAUCGCCUUCCUGCUGCACCAUCCUGAGAUUCAGGAGCAGAUCCACCAAGAGUUAACCACAGUCAUCGGAUUCCAUCGUGAUCCAACCUAUAGUGAUCAGGAGCAGUUACCUUAUCUCCGGGCCACCAUCUGGGAGACCUUACGCCUGCGCCCCUCAGCACCCCUGGCUUUGCCCCACAUGACCAUCCGCAACACCAGUCUGUCUGGGUUUCCCAUCCCUAAGGGCACAACGGUCAUUCCCAACCUCUAUGGGGCCCACCAUGAUGAGACCAAGUGGCACCGACCGCUGGAGUUUAGGCCAGAGAGAUUCCUGGAGGGUGAAGCCUCUGCUGAUGCCCGACGGCAUCUGGUGCCAUUCAGCUGUGGGGCACGGGUGUGCCUGGGGGAAGCCUUAGCCCGCAUGGAGUCGUUCCUCUUCCUUGCUUACAUCCUGCGAGAUUUCCAACUCUUGCCCUCAUCAGCUGGAUGCCUUCCUGACCUCAAAGGAUCCUUUCGAUUUCUUGUGCAUUGUAAGCCCUUCCUGGUGCGGCUGGUGCCCCGGGUGGGGGCCACAGAACCUGCAAAAUGA